AUGACAUGGGACGACUAUGUCCGCCCGCCGGGGACGAACUGGGGAGACCCCUCCAGAAAGGGCUCGAAACGCAAUUUCAACAUCGCCCUUGUCGCAGUGGACUAUUCCGACAUGCCGUUCGUCAUCACUCAGGCUGCGCGGUCGACAGUGUUCAAGAAUCCUCAGCCUGCCGUGUCGGGUAUCAAACGUGAAGACGUCCCGUCUUUCUACAGGGAUAUGCUGAACACGCAGAAUGAGCUCAAUCGUGGACAUACCCUUCACGAGUACUGGAUGGAGGACUCCUCUGGUCGAUAUGGUGUGGACUUGACAGCGUUUGGUCCUUUUCGGCUACGCGCAAAGUCGUAUCAAUACGGCGUCGACAACGCUGCUAACGGCUUCAACCCUGGAGCAUGUCCUGGUGGCGAGCGAUGCUCCAUCAACAUCCGCACCGAUGCCCUGGGCGCAUGGCGCGCGGCGGUAGGCAACGAAACAGCCAGCUCCUUCGAAUUGGUUUUCAUCCUCUCAGCCGGGCAGGAUGAGUCGUCAACGUGGCAAGAGUUUGGCGAAAUGAUGUUCCAGACCAAGGAGGAUGUUACCGACGCCUUCGGGCCGCCCGACGCGAACCUGACAAACUACGCGCGCACACGCUACGUGGAAUGGACCUCUUGGGCCUCUGCCUCGACAAUCUGGCCUAAUGCAGGCUCUGGCUCCUCGACGCAGGCUGAGAGCUCGGGCAUGGGUACAUAUGCCCACGAGUUGAGUCAUCUGCUGGGAAUAGGAGACAACUAUGCCAACAGCUUUGUCGGGCGACGAGACUACAUGGGCCCUUUUGCUAUGCUCAGCCGCGGAUCGUUCAAUGGUCCUGGCGGUCCACACACUCGCUGGCAUAUUCCGGCACAAAGCGGAGGCGCCUUGGGCUCUCUGCACACGGUUCGCGAGAAGACUCAGCUAGGAUUGCUUGAUGCUUCUGAGAUUCAUUCCGUUUCUCGCGAGGAACUGCCUAAAGCUGGCAUUAUUGUCACGGAGCUCAUCGCGAGAUCAGUCCAGCCCGGGGACGAACCCCGCAUCAGCCUCAAGAUCUCGCUCGACAAGGACCUCUCAGCUUGCGAUUACCAGAACGACCCGUUGUGUGAUGGUGGGGGGUUCGAAGCCUACGAGCUUGAAUUGAUAGAUCGCAUGGGAGCUGACUCCUUCGUCACCGACUCGGGCGUCAUGAUAACGAAGACUCGCCGCAGUGGAUCGAACUUCCAAUGGAUCAUUGAUGCAAAUCCGCAAGACAUCAACAUCGUGGACUACUACCGUCCGGACGGAACGCCAUUCAUGCUGACAAUUGGCGAUUACCGCCAGCUUUCAGACGCGCUGUUCCAUGCAGGAACACGUUCUGGUAGUAAGUAUGAAUACAUUGACGCGGCGAAUCGUCUCCAUCUGUACGUCCUUGGAGUUCGUCGCGACCAAUCUGGAGUCUUGUUCUACACCAUUGGAGCACUCUCACUCGAUGGUGCUGGGCCGAGUACACCAGGAAUUAGUCUUGCGGAUGGCAUUACUUCUGGAGGUUCUGCGACCACUCUCGGCGUGAGUUGCACCUUCCAGCUCACCAACACGGGCUCUUUCACCGAGGCCGAGGGCUUGGAUUCAUCGACUACAGCUGCUCUCAAGUCGGACAUCUAUCGAUUGGCCGUGACUAUCGAAGGAGACGGGUGGCAGGCCGUACUGCCGAAUGAGCUGGCUACUGCACGCUAUGGCGAAGAGACGGUUGUCAGCGUUGCUGUGAAAGCCAAAGAUGGUGCUACUGCACAGGCCGUUGUGCAUUUGACAGCCACUUCCGAGUCAGAUCCAUCAGUCCACGCCACAAAGGAGUGCAAAGUCACACUUUGA